CAUUAGCAUUACACAAUUAAUUCAAUAAUAAUCGACUCUUCAACAAACAUUUGUCCAUUUACAAACCUUGAUUUGUUUAACUUUGUUCUACUAAAGAUCGUGAUAUAAAAACGGGUUCCAUUUCUUGCACAGCAUCAUUUCAUUGAAUUAAUCCAACGAUUUCCAUUGCUCUAAUUAUGCAGUCGUGUGUUGUAUUUAUAUUGGCUAUCGGAGCGGCUUCUACGCUUCGCUCUGGCCCUUAUUUACCAAGUGGAUGGAGGCCUAAAGGGAUGGCAUUUGUCUUGCCUACAGAAGUUAAAAAGACUGAAAAUUCACAGGAAGAUGAUAUAGAAUCUGAAGCUUUUGGUACAGAAAACUUAAGAGAAUAUGGUCCACCAGCGAACCAAGACAUAUAUCAAGCUAUCACUAAGCAAGAGUUACCCGAUCUAUAUACCGAACGAGCUUUUGUUGAGGACAAUCAAAUUUCUGACGAUAAGCAAAAUGCUCCACCAUCAGAUAAAGAGACUGUUGUAUUAAGAACCAAUUUAUUUGAAAGUGAAGACGCAGAAACUGAGGAAGUAAAUCCCACGAGUGCUAUUGUGACUGAAGACGACGCUAAUGUGAUUACUGAGAAUGUCCAAGUAACUGAAGAAGUAACUGCCUCUGAAAUUAGAGGAGAGGAUACUACAGAAGUAAUUCUUAAAAGUACAUUAUCUAACACUGAAGAAGUAAAUGAUCUUAAAUCAAACAUAGUAUUCGAUGAAGUUGUAAAGGAAUUAAACACGACAGUACAAGUUUCGUCUGUACAGGAUGACUCGUCGGUGGUAACAUCCAAUGAACUUAUAAUUAAUAAAGCUGAAAAUGAAAUUUUAGUUCAAGAAGUGAAAGAUGUAACUGAGGUUGGUGAUACGAAUUUAUCCUCGAAUGUUCCCGAAGUUGAUGUCCAAUCUUUCAUAGGAUUUAAGGAGUAUGGCCCUCCAAGAGCGCGUGCUGAUGAAGAAACACCUGAAACGGAAGGUUUAAAUGCAAAUGAAAAUAGAAGAAAGAGAUUCUCAUUAAAAUCUACCCCUGUAAAGAAACAAUAAUGAUAAAUCACACGAACCUAGUAACAGUGAUAAAUAAUUACGUGUAAAUGAUAAUGUUGGUCAGUAAUAAAAUCAUGAUAUUAGUGCUUAAUAAGAAAUUA